GACAGCUGUUCGACCGAUUUUGGCGCCAUUUUCGCAAAUCGCAAUUGAGUGUUUUGUUUGACAACAUGGACUUUAAUUUAAAGAAACGCCCACGACACGAUGUGAAAGUAGAAGUAAUAAGCUUGGAAGCCAAGUAUCCGCACAAUGUAAUGCUCUAUCACUAUCCGCCAACAGAGGAUAUUCAUAUUGAUGAAUUCGAGGAACUCGCUUUGGAGCGUCUACGCCUGCUGCGGGUGUUUGAUCGCGCCACAACAAAAGGAUUGCGUAUGCAUUCGGAUGACUGGAAGGAAUAUGUGAAUGCUGAAAUGACCAAAGAUGGACUUCGCGGCUACAUGCGCAUGGGCACGACCCACAGUGGUGCUAAACACGAAGCGGAUGUACAAAUGCGGCGGCGUGACUAUCUGUCGCACUUCAUACUACGAUUAGCGUACUGUCGCUCGGAAGAUUUGCUGCGCUGGUUCGUGGCACGUGAAAUGGAGUUCUUCAAAUACAAAUUUGCCGCACUUAGCACAGCUGAAAUCAAGAUGUUUCUGGACGCCAACAAUUUUCAAAUUCACCCAUUAACGGAGGAGCAGAAGGACGAGGUCAAGGACGGCCUUUAUGAGAGCACAGUGGGACAGAGUGUAUCGAAGAUCGAGCUACUGGAGUUCUACAAAGUUCCCUUCACACAAGUCUUGGAUUUGGUGCGUACCCGGCGUUGUUACAUCAAAGCGGGCUUUGCCUAUGUUAACACCCAUGACAUGGUGUCCAUUGUGGGCGCCAGGCAACUGGAUGAGAUAGAGCUAGGCAUGCAGGCAGCUAAGUCUUUUAUAGCUGAUGUUGAAGCAGAUGAACGGAUUGCACGUAUGAUCAAAUCGCUGCAUAACUCGUAUACGGGUAAAGACUACACAGUAUGCAGAGAUGAAUCCGUGCCCAUUGAGUCUCUGGAUCAAUUAUCCAAGACAUCCAUGCCGUUGUGUAUGCGCAUGUGUCACGAACACUUACGCAGCCAGCACCACAUAAAGCACGGUGGGCGUAUGCAGUACGGCCUCUUCCUGAAGGGCAUUGGCGUCACGCUCGAGGAUGCGGUACGAUUUUGGCGCGAAGAGUUCACCAAGAAAAUGGACGUGGACAAGUUUACACGCAGUUACGAGUACAACAUUCAUCACAAUUACGGUAAGAAGGGUUCAAUGGUCAACUACACGCCUUAUUCCUGCCUGAAGAUCAUCAAGGAGAUGGCUGCUCCUGGUGAUUGCCACGGCUGUCCAUACAAAGCAUUGGAUCCAACUUCGCUGAAGGUGAAACUCUCUUCGUAUGGCCUCUCGGCGGGUGGAAUUGAGGAGGUUAUGCAUUUUGUGUCGCGCAAUCAUUAUCAAUUCGCAUGCGGAAAGUAUUUUAUGCUUACCCACAAUUCCACAGUGGAACCCACUAUCAAUCAUCCAAACAAAUAUUUCGAGGAGAGCCAAAUCUUGAUGGGCAAUCGACAGAAACGCGCGCCGGGACCUGCUCAACCAAAUAGCAAACUUAGACCGGUAAUAAAGGGAGGAGCCAACAGAUCCAUGUUAAAUGGCGACGAUGAUGACGAACUGUGGAGAAUAGCUGAAACACAAGAGAGAGUCUAUCAAAGUCAAAAAGGCAUCGCCGAGGCCUUUGACGAUGAUCUCGAUCUUACAGAAAUAAUUGAAUAAAUACUAAUAAAGUUAUUUAUAAGCAA